AUGGUUACCAGCGACUUUUUGGAGUCUAGUACGGAAGGUGUGACGAGCGAUGAUCAAAUAUCUUAUAAGAGAACUGAUGAUGAUGAAACGAAUGAAGACAUUAAGAAGAACAAAUCUUGGAUGGACGAAGGGUCUGCUAGCAGAAUGAAAUCAUCAGAGUCGAAUCCGGGGGAAAAAGACAAACGGAAAGCAAUGUCCGACAUCAUGAGGUUGAUGAAUUUGCACGAAGCAUCAUAUAUAUCAAAGUCGAAUCCGGGAGAAAAAAAUAAACGGAAAGCAAUGUCCGACAUCACGAGACUAUCUAACACGGAAACUAUCAAGUGCUUUCCGCUCAGCAGCUUCGAGCACGAGCAUCGGACUAAGACGACUGUUGGAUUAGGUCGAUGCGGAACGACGCGAAUCUGGAGAAGCAUGAAGGCGAAGCAGCCGACAAAGAUACAUCGAAAGAUGUUGAAAAAUGGAAGCGGAAGAUUAUGGCCGAGUGUAUCGCCGCUCUUUGCACGAGAUGCAGUUAUCAGGCUGGAAAAAGAAUGUGACAAGGAAAGACAAAGGAAACAAAGAAACAUUUUCCUCUAUGACCUAACGGACGAUGACAAAGACAAAUUUCUUCAAAAUCAACAGAGGAGCGACUUUGCUAAUCGCAAAGAACUAGGUCAUAUACGUGUGCCAGUAUCAUAUUUGAAAUCAAAAUUGAAAUUAUUGGUGGAUCGCGCGGUUGGCGACCAUCCCGGUUUGGUUGACGGUGAUUACAUGAUUGUGAAGUUGCCAUCUAAGCGUGUUUAUGCCUAUGUGGUUCUUCGUGGACUGAAGGGUAUGCAUUUAUUGGAAAUUAGCACACUGCGAGAGCGCAGGAACACUUGGAAGUUCUGCUUUUAUCAAGCGAUUGUGGCAUUAUUAGCGAAAACUCAGCUCAGAUACAAAUACGUACGGAGCGCUAAUAUCGAUUACAUCUACGAUCAUGCCUGGAUGCUCUUCACCCACAUCGGCUCGAUCAACGUGAAGGCAAAGCAGCGUCUAGAUGACGUUGUAGUAUACAAUUACAAAUACAGCGUCGAAGUAGAAUUGAUCGGGGAAAUGAAAGAUGUCGUGGCGCAGAACGUUGACAUUUUGUAUAAAGAGUACGAUGUGAAAUCGCAGAUUAUGUUAAGUAGGAAGGAUCCUCUGCAAGUCGAGGUGGAACUCGGCUAUGAGAAGGUUACCAAUUCAGAUUACGUGCCCGUUCACAAGGACGACUCGCCGAAAGAGCUCGAGCAGUGGCUCGACCAAAUGAUCACAGGGUAUCGUGACUAUAUUUUGCGCACAAUCAGAUUUUCAUUGGCCUUUUGGCAGGAUGGUCUGUUUUGGUAUCUGUAUAAUCCCUACCGAUGCAAUGAAUAUGGCUUCUGGCAAGAAGAAGACGGUUUCGCCUGCAUCGUGAAGUUCUGUUCCAAGGAUUCGUUACGAAGACACCUAAUGAUCCUUAUGUUGAGAGCUCACGCCUUCGUGGAGGAGAAAUCGCAAUUCGAUCAUCAAUUCAAUUAUGAAGAGAAUAAGGAGAACGUUUACAUCGACGUUCAGCUUUUCCACGUGUCUUUCCGCUGCUGUCAGCUGGAUAAUCUAAAGUUACUGAAACGCGGGAUAUGCAAACAGCCUCGAUGCAUCGAUGAAUGUCCGUCGGAUACGCUUGAGAUCGAAGAUGAAGAAGACGAGACCGAUCUAGAAGAGGAUGAGGACGGCGAUCCGAGGGAACCAAGGGAGAGAGCUAUAUGGCUGAAACGUUACCGACCGAUGACCUGGGGCAAAUGCGCGUCCACGAGCCGGAAGAGACCAGGCUCGACUGAGGUCAUUGCCGCCGGUAAAGCGAGAUGGCAUCAAUACUACACGGAAGAACCCAACAGACUGUUCUCCCUGUGGGGCGAAAUACACAUAACUGACGAUAUGUUCGACGAGGCGAACCGCGGUAUGCAGACGUACGCUUGUUACGUAGUGUGUGCUGGCAUGACUAGGAUUAUGGCGCCGGAAUAUUGGACCCCGAAGACUCUCGACGCGAUCGUCGUGUGCGGAGAUCGUUAUUACACGCACAGCAAGCAUGAAGCCGAGCUCAAGUCUGCCAGCAAUGAAGAUGCUAAUAAUUCGUUUAAGUACCUCUCCAAUUGUUUCGAUAUCGGUGAGAUUGUAUUCGAGGCUCGGAUGCUGCCGGCCGUUAGCGGCAGAUUGUACGCUGAAUCGGACGAGUGCUUGUGGAAGACACUGGAGCGAGUAUUCUCGAGUUAUCACUUCGCCGUACUGACAUGCGAGAACGCCUGUCUUGGUCUCUUCAAGUUCUGUGGAGCUUACUACAUGUGCGAUGUGAAUUCAUUCGGCCCGCCGUUCUUCCGGUAUGGCCACGGCGCCGCAUAUCUGCUGAGAGCCACAUCCUUCCGCAAAUUCAUGACGGUACUCGUGUUGAUUAUCGGCUCGUCGGAACGCAGCCGAUUCAGCCUGAAUCCCAUUGAAAUUCUCAGGAUUGUCGAAGUAAACACCGCAUUUGAUUCUCGUAGAAAACCACGUGACAAAAAGUGCCGUUUUGGAAGAUUAAGGAGGAAAAAAACGGGAAAGUCAAGAUUUGCGUUCGAUGCAAAAGAAAAAAAGAAUUAA